GCUCUGAUGCGUCCUGGGCGCCUUGAUCGGAUCCUCUACGUGCCUCUUCCAGAUGCUCUGACUCGACGGGAGAUAUUUUCUUUGCAGUUUAGUUGCAUUCCUGUGGCAAACAGCGUGUCUCUUGAUGACUUGGUAACUCAAACCAACAAGUAUUCAGGAGCAGAAAUACUGGCAGUAUGCAGAGAGGCUGCACUCCUGGCCCUACAAGAAGACAUCGCAGCUCAGAGUAUCGAGGCCAAACACUUUGAAAGAGCUCUGAAUACAGUAAUCCCCAGGAUUUCAGAAUCCCUUAUGCAGUUGUAUAUCAACUAUCAGCGUAGGCACGGCAGACUGGAUUUAUUUUGAUUACACUGCUGAGCCCUGUUAUUUGGUACUGCUUAGUUUUCGUUAUUAGUGUUGAGGUGCAACACAUUUUUUUAUGUAUAUUUUAAAAUAAAUAAAAUGUUGCAAGCUUUACUGCUAGUUUCUGAAAAUAUGCAAAGGUAUUACUUUCCAAUAAAAAACAUGAAAUUUAAAAAUGAAA